AUUAAAAAUGAAAUGUAAAUGAUAUAGAGAUUAGAGGCAGAGUUUCUUCUGUUGGCAUAAAAACAGAAACUUUCCCUUUCUCUGCCAAACGCACCGCGAUUCGUCUAAAAAAUUUUCCUCUUGUCCAUCCAAUCAUGAGCAACGAAUACGAUUAUCUAUUCAAGCUUCUACUCAUCGGCGACUCCUCCGUCGGGAAAUCCUGUUUACUUCUCAGAUUCGCUGAUGAUUCUUACGUAGAUAGCUACAUCAGUACCAUUGGUGUUGAUUUCAAAAUCAGAACUGUAGAGCUGGAUGGCAAGACAAUCAAGCUGCAAAUUUGGGAUACUGCUGGGCAGGAGCGUUUUCGGACUAUCACAAGCAGUUAUUACCGAGGAGCUCAUGGGAUAAUAAUUGUCUAUGAUGUUACUGAGAUGGAGAGCUUCAACAAUGUCAAGCAGUGGUUGAACGAGAUUGACAGAUAUGCUAAUGACAGUGUUUGCAAGCUUCUGGUUGGGAACAAAUGUGAUUUAGUUGAGAACAAGGUUGUUGACACACAAACAGCGAAGGCAUUUGCUGAUGAACUUGGAAUUCCCUUCCUGGAGACAAGUGCUAAAGAUUCAAUCAAUGUGGAGCAGGCUUUCUUAACCAUGGCUGGCGAGAUCAAGAAAAAAAUGGGUAACCAGCCAGCUGCUAACAAGUCAACUGGAACUGUUGAAAUGAAGGGACAGCCAAUCGAACAGAAGAACAACUGCUGUGGCUAGUCAAUCAUGUUAUGAUUUAACUCUGU